AUGACUGCUUGUCCAUUUGUCCAAAGUUCAGCUAUGAAAAGUAUUGAAGUUGUGGCUAUUAGCAGAUCAUUUGAAGAAGCAUUUCAAAAAUGUUUAAGAAUGGUUGAUGAAAAUUUUACUGGUUUUGAACCAUAUGAAAGAACAAUCACAGAUGACGAAAUAAGUUCUCUAACUGAUGUCAAUGUUUUUAUAUUAGCAACAGCUUUUCAUCGAGGCUAUACAAUCGAACGUUUAUAUCAAUUAACACAAAUUGAUCGAUGGUUUUUGUAUAAAUUUCAAGCAAUUAUUCAAUUUCUUAUUCAUCGUUUUAAUUCAUCCAUUAUUCAAGAUUGA